GAUGCUCUUCUACAAAAAACUGAUCAACAGCAGGAUACUUCAAGAUAUCAACUUGUUCCUCGCAUAUCCCGUCAAAUCGAAGACGACGAAGCAGAUCCAUAUUCUGGCUAUUGGAUUGAAUAUUAUCGUCCGCGACUUUUCACGUCAUUUGAAAAGUUGUUUGCAUUUGACAUGAAAA